AUGGAAGAGGAGCUUAGCGAAAAUGAAUUGGAAGAACGGAUGUAUGCUAUGUUACACUAUGUAGACGAAACACAGACAAAUGUAAACACAAAUCCAAAAGAAAAUGAUACCACUUUCGAAAAUGUCCCCCGCAGUACCAUACGACGGUACUGGCGUACAAGCGGAGAUCAGAAUACGAUUUACAAAAAAGUAAACAGUCCUAAAGAGCCUACUGUCAACAAAAAUUCAAAUGAAAAUGGUAUAACUAAAGCAAAAGAUGAAGUAAACAACAGCCAAACAUUGUCUCCAGAUUUGUCAAUAUUUCAGAAACCUCCUCCCGAAAAUAUAAAAAAGACCAUUGAAAUAUUGGAACAUGAGAUUGAAAAUCGUGUUGUGGAGUUGGAAUCUAGUGAUGAAGAUGAAGUAAUUGAGGUAGUAUUACCACCAAAACCAACCAUUACAAUUGAGAGUUCGGAUGAAGAUGAUAAUCCUGUUAUCACUUCUGAGACCCCUGAGGAAAAGAAUUUAAGCAAGCCUGCACAAGACAAACCUAUAGAGAGGGAAGUGACAGCAAGCCCUGUCCCAUCUGUAGUAUCAUCAGUGUCAGACGACUUUAUUCGUGGUGAUUGUAUAGCAUUAAAUAUCUCUUCAAAACAUAGAAACAAUGAAAGUUUUGACUUCAGCCUUCAUGGUUCAGAUCUACUAAAUCAAACACCUUCUAAGAAAAAAAAGAAAAAGAAAAACAAAGAUGCAACCUCUACACCCAUUUCAACUCCCACAUCCAAUAUUUCUAUUUCUAAAUCCAUGGAAGAAUGUUUUGCAACACCAAAAAGUAAGGCUAAAAAUAAAAGGCAAAGACCAAAAUCAUACCAGGUUUCAGAAAAGAGUGUACCAAGCGCUGAUGUUUAUGAUUCUGACAGUAACCAAUCAUACACAGUUACAGAUAAAAGUUUGCCAAACACCGAUGUUUACGAAUCAGAUUCUAACCAAUCAGAGAUUGCUAAAGAGUGUGGAUCAAAAGAUAAUGUACCAGCAGAUGAUGUGAAUAGUUCAGAUUGCAGCAUAAUUGAUAAUCCCAUACCAGAAACAUCGAAAACAGCAAAAAAAUCCACUGACCUAAAUAAAACAUUAACUGUUGACUUAACUGAAGUAGAUAUUGAAAAAACUGAAACAAUAAAUGAAAGUAUCAUUAUGGGAAAUGUUACUGGCUUUACAGACAUCGAUGAUUAUUGUGAUGAAAACACUUUACCACAAGGUAACAUAUCCAAGUGUGGCUCAACUAAAAUUCCUGCUAUAUUAAAUGCUGAUUUGGAUUUUGAUAACUUAAAAGGCAACAACAAAGCUUGUAAAAGACGACGAUACUCUCUCACCACUCUUAGGGCAGAAAUGGAAAAGUUUUAUAAUGAAAGCUGGGGCGGUGAAGAUUUUAAUCAUCGUGAGAUACAAAAGAAUAUGUCAAGAGACAAAAGUCUGUGGGUUAUAGAUCCUAAGGAUAAAAUGUCUUCUUUGCCAAGACGGAAAGCAGCAUGUAAUUACUGCAAUCGUGUCGGCCAUCGCGACGACACAUGUCGCAUGAAACCACCAGUUUGCUUCAUGUGUGGCUCCGCCGGCCAUUUUGAAACACGUUGCCCAAAGAAAAUUUGUGUCAACUGUGGAUCACCAAACCAUAUGUACUCUACAAUGUGUCGCAAUUGCUCCAAUUGGAAUGGUAUAAAGUGUGCCGAAUGCGGACAGACCGGUCAUCCCGCCAGCCACUGUCCGGACGUGUGGCGUCGCUACCACAACACUAUUAAUUUGGACUCUGCAUUAGAAGAGAAUCGUCAACUGAAGAAACAUUACCAAAUGUUCUGUAGCGGAUGUACCCGUCGUGGCCAUUUGGUCCACACCUGCCGCCUCACACUGCCAUUCUCUGGUUUACCAAUCAAUUCACCAUAUGUGGCAGUUUACCGACCAGUUUAUCAAGUCAUGACAAACAAGACGACACAAAACACUGACACACAAGCAAAUAAUCAACGAAACAAACAAAGAAACAGACAUGUAAGUGAAGAUGCCAAUGGAUCUACUGCUGUAUCGAGGUUCGGACACCUAAAACGACAAUCCAAAUCGCCUGUUACACAUGAAACUCAUCAAAAUAAAAAGAGAAAUGUAGAAACCGAUACACCUGCAGUUGCCCAAAGAAGCAAAAGCCCCAUCAGCAACAAUACACAAAGGAAGAACUCUCAAAGUAAAGAUCCAAAAGAACUUAAAGAUAUAUCAGAAGCACCCAAAUCUGGUAAAAGAGUGUCAGAAAGUCAUGAUUCAGAAAAAGCAGCAGAUUAUAUUCCAAUAACAUCAGAUAAUCGCGACAAGAAAGGCCAAAUUAUCCAAGACAAUGAAGUUUCUGAUACAAGUGAGGUAAUAACAUCUGCAAGAGCUUACAUCACUAAAGAAAUAACAGAGAAACUAGCGACUGAAGAAGGCAAGGCUUGGUUGAAUGAUACUUUAAACAAAAACAAUGUCAGUCUCGAAAACAAAGAUAUUACAUUCUUUUUAAGCAUCAAAGGAACUGUUGGAAAUCAAGAAGCAUUUCAAGCAGAGCUUCGCGAUUGGAUUCGAAAUAAAUAUCAAAGAAAAGAGCGUGCUGUGUCUGAGAGCGACGCUGAUGUGACCCAAGAGAUCUACGACUUAAACAGUCCAAGUAAUAAUAUACCGAAAAACAGAAAUAAUCUUCUUCGAAAAUUAAGUAGAGCUUUCGAAUCACUAAAGUCAAAUUUGGGUGAGCCCAAAGAUCUGUAUAAAGAGCUGGUCUUUUUACAGAAUCGACAUCAGCAGCUCUUGAAACAGAAAAUUGUCAGCCCCAAACAAUUGUCUAAUAAUAAAGAUAAUAUAAAUAGCAUGUUGAGAAAGCUCAACAUGGUGUUGCUUGGGCAGGCGGGCCUUGCUGACGGUUCCAAGCAUUUAACAGAACUGCAACAAUUACAAGAGAAAUUGACAAACUUCAGACAAAAAAAUAUACCAACUUCCUUAAGGGAAGAAAUUGGGGAACAUUUUCACUGCAUUUUUGCUGCUAUUCCUCGAGACGAUUAUACUGAUCUUCUCAGUAAAUAUUACAGAAGCAAACAAUUUCCAGCAUUCAAAAAGAAGAAGUAUGACAAACUGACUAAAAGCCCUAAAACAAACCCAAAAAAGUCAUGUAAUACCAUGUUUGCAACAUAUAGUGUAAACAAAGCAAUAAAGGAAAGGAUGAAUGAGGAGAGUGAACUACCUGCAAUAGAAAAAACUAAAAACAAACUAGUUUCGUAUCACAAAAGAUUAUUAUGUACCAAGCCUAAUGAUUCAGUUCUGAAGAAGACUAGAAUUGACCUAAUACGGAAACUCUACUUUAAUAUUGGCUUGAUGGAUACAAUGACUCAUCUCUCCUCAAGAGCCUUGCGGAAAAUGAAAAAAAUCCAGGAACAGGCUCAAAUGUUCUUAACACAUGUU